CGCACCACGCCAAAACUAGCUGCGCGCUGCGGCGCAGGUCUCGUGAUGGGAGGAGUAACGUACCAGCGGCUGCUCUCGUCGGGGAGCCAGCGGCCCGGCGUGCGGGCGCGGGCGUGGGUGCUGCUGCGGUGGGCGGCCGUGCGGCUGGGCUGCGCGGCGCGGCGGCGGUACUGGUGCGGCGCCCGCGCGCGGCGGCUGGCGUGGGCGGGGCUCUGCGGGAGGGCCUCGGCGUCCGCGCCGGAGAGGAGAGGAAGGAGGAGCUCGGCGGUGGCGGCGGCCGGGGUGGUGGUGGGGUACGACUCCGCGAGCUACGCGCGCAACUUCGACGACGGCGCGUGGAAGGCCGAGGAGGGCGUGUCCUGGGCCGGCCCCGGCGGCGCGUUCUCCCGCGCCAGCGCCAGCGCCGUCAUCGCCACCGGUGAUUCCCUUCCGAGCUCCACUAGCUAACCGGUGAACUGUUGUGUAAAGGGUUCGGAUGCAUUUAUCAGAAGUUUACAUUCUUCUGCUUUCUG